AAGGAACACAGUAAGUGAGCUGACAAGGAGAAGAGCAAUAACGACGUCUCAGUCUGUCACCCUACCAAGCUGAUAUUUGUGACAAAGACGGCAAUAGCAGAAAGAUGAACAGAAGCACACCUCAGAGGGGAUCAUCCUCCAGUAGACAGAGCUCAGUUCCAUCCGCACCAGACAACUCCACCACGGACCCUCAGAAGGACCCCAUCCACCCCCAACCUAGCCUGGGCAGAGAGGCAGAGGAGGGUGGGUUUCUGAAUGGAGAUGGAGGUAGCCCUAUAGAGGACUCUCAGACUGGGGCAUUGCUGGGUCAGGAUGAUGGAAAUGCCAUUACCCCAGCCACACUCACCUCACACCUCCCUAGGCAGAGACCACACCUGGCAGCCGAGAGCCCCAAACCAGGGGACGAGCUGGCCCCUAUCUCCCCAGAGCUGGCCCGCUGGAUCAGGGUUCGGGCCCAGGACCUCAAGCUCCGCCAGAGUGACCGCCAGUGGGCCGUGGACCUGGUCAACCAUCUCCGGGAAAGCCUGCUAGUCUUCCUCAAGAACAGUGACGAGCAGCCCUACUUCCAGUCAGCCUCUGUGCUCAGCAGUGGUUCAUACUACGAGAUGGUCAAGAUACUCAACCCAAAUGAGUUUGACAUGAUGCUGAAGCUCCAGUCUCCUUCCCGCCUCAAAAUGACUGAGCUGGACCAAUACCACGGCCUGUUCUACGAAGUCGCCCUAUCCCGACCAACCCGUUCCCACAUACGGUCUUUCCUUUUGGACGAUGGGCUCACCAUCUCAGCCAGCAAGAUCAUAAGUGAAAUGCACCGUCUGGUCCGCAAGUUCAUCAGCACCUACAGAGUGCCUGGAAAUAGCUGGCGUUGGGUUGUGAAUAGGAAGCGUCCCAACUCACCAGCGGUGACCCUUUCCCUGUUGGAGGUGGAUAAUGGGAAACAGGAACUACUUUCUGUGGAUGUGGUGCCCGCCCUGGAAGUGCCCUCCUCACAGGGCUGGCCUCUGGCUGCCCGCGCCGGCCCAGAUGUGGACAACUGGCUGGGGAAGAAGACCCGGCGCUCUCUCACCCACCAAACUUGCUUCUUUGUGCCCAAGAAACCACCGGGACGAAGCCUUAGUGAGGCAGCUAAAGAGAGUUGGAGGAUUUCCUUUUCUCACAUAGAAAAGGAACUGAUCAAGAGUCAUGGGAACAAGAGGACCUGCUGUGAGAGCUCUGCCACCAAGUGCUGCCGUAAGCAGUGCUUCAAGCUCCUUAAGUGCCUGAUCGAGGGACUGAAGCAACGCUACCCUCAAGAGCUGGAUGCUCUGUGCUCCUACCACGGGAAGACAGCCUUCCUACACACCCUCUCUAUCAGGGCCCAGGACUCCCUGUGGACGCCCCGUCAGCUGCCUGCCUGCUUCAUGCACCUCCUAAGGGCCCUGGAGGGCCACGCAAGCAGUGGUCUGCUCCCCCACUUCUUUGUCCCCACCUCCAACCUCUUCGCCCCACCAACCUUCCCGCGCAAAGCUUUGGUGUUUCUGAUUGAGGCUCUGGAGGAGCAGAGGAGACAGGGGCUUCCCCUUUUAAUGCCCCCGGCUCCUGCCCCACCACUGGCAGUACACUCCCACAGUGACUCCCAGCCCCAGCUUUCCCCUGUUGUACAGCAGACUCCUGUUAUCCAGUAUCCUGUCAUCCUGCCACCCCAAGUUGUUGAGAUGAAAUCCUUUGAGCAAAUGUUCAAAAUUGUGGCUCUGGUUGUGGCUCUUGUCUAUGUUUGUUACCUCCUGUAGAGGUGUCUGUCCUGCCCGUCGGUGGUAGGAAGGAGGCAGAGACAGUCUAUCAACAGCAGAUGGGGGUAAAACGACAUGCACCUGUAGAAAAUGGUAUGCCAUUUUGAAACAGUAUAACAUAGGAUAGGAUUCCAGAUUUGUAUUUCUCUCUAAAUCAUGUCUUUGCUCUAGACAAACACAAUGAAACAUUUAGCCCAAAAGUAAAAAUGUUGUAUUUGUAUAUACAGUGCAUUCGGGAAGUAUUCAGACCCCUUCACUUUUUCCACAUUUUGUUCUGUUG